AUGGCUUUGAACGAGCUAAACGGCGCUCUAGAUGACGCGCUGGCGCUUGAGAAGGUCGCCGUUGGACCUUACUGUGUGUUCGACGACUUCAGACCCACGACGAGCCCGUCGGACGAGCGCUCGCGUCCCUCCACCCCACUAGAGUCCGGGGUCAACAUGGAGGACCCGAUGCUGUCGACUGAAUACCCUUUCGGCCCUGGCGCGCGUGCGCCGUGGCUGGGAUCUGGUGCCGAAGACCUGUCGCUGGUGCAAUCUAGCGAUUCCUUCCCGCAAGGCAACUGGGACGAGUGGAUGCGCUGGGACCCCAAUGGGCAGACACAGAACCAGCCCGCGCAGGAUAUAGAUGGCCAAGGUCCCGUCCACUACCUCAAGCCCGAAGCCAAGUCGCCCCACGAAUCCAACUCGCUAUCCCGACCGCAGAUGAACAACAUCCCCUUCACCUUCGGGGAGGGUAUUGAGAACCCUCCCGCCUUUCACUUCAACAACCACAACAACUCUCCUUCCAUAACCGAGCCUCAGCAGAGCACCUCGUACUUCUCGUCCGACAAUCCCGUCUGGAACAACAACACCGCCAUCGACCAGGCCGACAAUGGCCUCUUCUCUCCGCUCUCUAUCGACCAACAACAGAUGCAAUCCCAAUCUGUUCCUCAUCCGCCCCACUCGACACCCUCGCUCCAUCACAGCCCGAGCUCCGUCAACUCUGGCCCGGACCCCAAGACGAGCUCCUCAUCACAGCAAUCGUCGCCCGAGCCCGUGGCAAAUGUGGUCACGAAGAAGCGGAAGUCCUCGACCGAGGACGACAGCAGCACUGAUCAGAAAUCCAACAAGCAACCUCCCGUGAAGAAGACUGCUCACAACAUGAUCGAAAAGCGAUAUCGGACAAACCUCAACGACAAGAUUGCUGCACUGCGUGACAGCGUGCCCAGCCUUCGAGUCAUGUCGCGGGCAGGCAACGGCAACGGCAAUGAGGAAGAGGACGAUCCCGAGGACCUCGAGGGCCUUACACCUGCCCACAAACUAAACAAAGCAACUGUUCUUUCCAAGGCAACGGAGUACAUCCGUCACCUCGAGAAGCGAAAUAAGCGUCUUACCGAAGAGGUUGAUGCUCUCAAGGGACGAUUGGAAUCGUACGAUAAAUUCGCCAUGAUAACCCCUAACCCGAUGGCGCAGGCUGUCGGAACUCCCGAUGGCAUGCGAUAUCAGGAAGAUCCUUUCGCUGCAGCUGCUGCACGCGGCCAGCCUGUCAGUCAGGCCCAAGGAAUGAUUCCAGUGCCCGAGAGCAUUACGAAUCUUCAGGCAAUGGCCUCACAGUCGCACUACGCAAGCCAGCCGCCCGGUUAUCCUAUGUACACGACUGCCCCCGGAAGGCCUGGAAUGAACGCUCAGCAGCACAUGGUUAAUGGCCGUAGAGGAAACAGCAUGAUGAACAAGCUCAUGGUCGGUUCCCUUGCUGGUCUCAUGAUCGUUGAGGGCUGGAGGGAGCGUGAGGAAAGCGGGGAAAAUCCCGAGGGCAGGGGUCUGUUCGCCCUACCCCUCACCUUCUUCGGACGAUACGGAAGCGCCUUGGUGCCCAAGUUUGCUGCCCACGGCUUGUCUGCUCUCUACCGCUCCCUUCCGCUGCUGAAGCUUUUGCUUGUUCUUGCUGCCGUCGUCUACCUGGUCAUCCCGGUCAUUGAUCCCAAGAACAAACCCAGGAAGAAGGCAAUUCCGUCCAUCAAGUUGCAGCCUGCGCCAUCGCCUGCAUCCCCGGUUGAGGUCCGUCGCAAGGCCUGGUUGACUGCCAUCCAGACAGUCUGGGUACCGCGCCACAACUUUUUCCUCGAAGCUGCGGCCGUGUGUCUCAAAGCCCUUAAGCUCAGCUUGAGGAACGUUGUCGGCUGGGAUGGAUACGCAUACGUCACUGGAACGACCAAAGAACACGAAGCUGCGCGUGUCAAAGCGUGGGAGAUCGCUCUGGAUGCGCAGCUCACUGGUGGCGAUGCCGAAAUCAGCAAGGGCAGGUUGAUCUUGACGAUCAUGGCCUCGGGCACUCUCCCGAACAGUCCUGCGCGCCUGAUGCUCAAGGCGAUGCAUAUCCGCAUUCUUCUUUGGGAGAUCGCCAACGCGGGAUACGGAUCGUGGUACAUGUUUGAAGAGAUCAGCGCCAAGCUGGCUCGGAAGUUCUGGAACAAGGCGCGCAACCACCAGAAGACCUUGCUCCAAUCCGGCGAAGAGACAGAGAAGCUUCCCGAUCAUCUGGCUGCGUUACUGGAUCUCGAGUGCAAUGAUGUCAUGGUGGACAGGAUUGUGCAACGUGCGUACAACCUCGCCUGGAACAAGCCGAGCGCGCAGAACACCGAGUCCGACGAAGCCAUGGACAGUGUUGUCGAGGAUUUUGCAAUCUCUUCGCCAUUGGACGCUCUUGCCGCUUGGUUCUCGAGCUACGUGCUGAACCGGGCACUGGCUGGUUACCUCGAAGCCAAUGUCUCGUUGGUUACGGACGAAGUCAAGGCCGAUCUGAACCUCGCCGCUCGUACUGCGCCUCCCAACUCCGUCUCCCAGGUCAGAGCACAGGUUGCCAAGUCUAUCCUCCUUGAGAAGGAUCGCAACGGGAACAUCAUCGCCGCGUUCGAUUCUCUUCCUUCGCAACCGCACAUUCCUGCUCUCAAAAACAAGGUCAACUCCCCUCGGGCUUUGCUUAUGAACGUGGUCGGCGAGGCCCACAUCGCCGCUGACGUUCGCAAAUCGCUCACACUUGUCAAAUGCCUGGCGCUUGCAGAGACGUUUGUCGCGACUGGCUCCGACGAGGCACGGAUCCGUGCCACGUUCGUUGUCAACAACACCUACUUGCCCGAGGGCUCCCUUACUCUCCUUAGCUUCAUUGCCGCCUACAAGGUCCUCAGAAUCUUCUCAAACGAGGAGAAGCUGCUUGCUGAGUCGCGACAAGGCCUGGAGCGUAUUGCAAAGUCGAUGCGUGUCUGGAUCGGCCGUGAAGCCGGACGCCGCAGUGGGUUGAGCACCAAGACCAAGGGCAGAAUUGUCGAGACAUGCCUAAGUGUCAGCAAAAUGCUUGUUGGCAUGCCAGAGAACAGCAGCGACGAGGGCGAUGCUGGCUACGCCAGCCAGAGUGAUGUGGAGUGUGAAAAGAAGAUGAUCUCUUGUUGA